UUUUUCUUUGAAAUGAAUGUAAAAUGGUAUACACUCACACGGAGAUGUUUGUAUAAAUACUCGUGAUGACGGUAAUGAGGAGUAUUUAAUAAUUUCGAAUAGAGCACUGAAGACAACUUGAUGAAAAAUCAAAUUGUACUUUAUUUAGAUCAAACUUUCUCUUUACGUAUCGUCAUUGUAGGAAACGAAAUCAAAAGGAUUUGAGAGUGAGAAAUCGUGAGACUUUAUACAGUCAGUACGAUUCCUUAUCAAUAUUCGUGUAGUGUGUAAAGUAUAGAAGACUUUAUAGGUCGUUCGACCACCUAUAUAAACGUUUAGCCUUCAGACAUUCCACCUUUCACUGGUCAGGAACAGUUUCUAAAGCGAUCAUGAAGUUUCUAUGCAUCUUCCUCCUUCCUGCAGUAUUCGCAGCUGUUCCACACAGGAGAGUACUUUUUGAUACCUUUUUGAACAGCCAAGAGGCUACCAAUAUCAUUGACCAGCUAGUCGGAACUCUCGGUACUGAUGACAACGAGGCUAAAUGUGAACAGGAAUGUCACGUCCUCAUCAGAAACGAGCAGUCUGUGUUCCAACAUCUGUGUCCAUUCCUCUGUCAUUCAGCUCAAAACGCCUUGCAACAUCUCCACAGCCCCAAUACUGAUCCUACCUCAACGGGAAAACGCCUGGUCCUUGACUCAUUCUUAAAUACCCAAGAGACCUCCAAUAUCAUCGAUCAACUGGUUGCAACUCUUGGUUCCGACGAGACCGAGGUUCAAUGUGAGAAAGAAUGUCACGUGUUGAUUAGAGACAGCACAUCCAUCUUCCAGCACAUGUGUCCGUUCCUGUGUCACUCAGCACAGGCCAUUGUCGGUAACGUCCACCACCACACAACUACAGCAGGUCCGGUCAAACGUGUUCUGUUUGACACCUUUUUGAACAGCCAAGAGGCUACCAAUAUCAUUGACCAGCUAGUAGCAACUCUCGGUACUGACGACAACGAGGCUAAAUGUGAACAGGAAUGUCACGUCCUCAUCAGAAGCCAGGAUUCUGUGUUCCAACAUCUGUGUCCUUUCCUCUGUCAUUCAGCUCAAAACGCCUUGCAACAUCUCCACAGCCCCACCUCAACCGGAAAACGCCUGGUCCUUGACUCAUUCUUAAAUACCCAAGAGACCUCCAAUAUCAUCGAUCAACUGGUUGCAACUCUUGGUUCCGACGAGACCGAGGUUCAAUGUGAGAAAGAGUGUCACGUGUUGAUUAGAGACAGCACAUCCAUCUUCCAGCACAUGUGUCCGUUCCUGUGUCACUCAGCACAGGCCAUUGUCGGUAACGUCCACCACCACACAACUACAGCAGGUCCGGUCAAACGUGUUCUGUUUGACACAUUUUUGAACAGCCAAGAGGCUACCAAUAUCAUUGACCAGCUAGUCGGAACUCUCGGUACUGAUGACAACGAGGCUAAAUGUGAACAGGAAUGUCACGUCCUCAUCAGAAACGAGCAGUCUGUGUUCCAACAUCUGUGUCCAUUCCUCUGUCAUUCAGCUCAAAACGCCUUGCAACAUCUCCACAGCCCCAAUACUGACCCCACCUCAACCGGAAAACGUCUGGUCCUUGACUCAUUCUUAAAUACCCAAGAGACCUCCAAUAUCAUCGAUCAACUGGUUGCAACUCUUAGUUCCGACGAGACCGAGGUUCAAUGUGAGAAAGAGUGUCACGUGUUGAUUAGAGACAGCACAUCCGUCUUCCAGCACAUGUGUCCGUUCCUGUGUCACUCAGCCCAGGCCAUUGUCGGUAACGUCCACCACCACACAACUACAGCAGGUCCGGUUAAACGUGUUCUGCUUGACACUUUCUUGAAUACCCAAGAAACAUCCAGCAUUAUUGAUCAACUUGUCAACACCCUCUCAUCUGACGAGACUGAAGCUGCAUGCGAGAAAGAGUGUCACGUGUUAAUCAGAGACUCCACAUCCUUGUUCCAACACAUGUGCCCUUUCCUGUGUCACUCAGCACAGGCCAUCUUUAACGGCGUACACCACACAACCCCAGCCACUGUACAGAAAAGGUUUUUGGUCGACACUUUACUGGCCAACCCCGAGGUCAGCGUAUUAGUGUCCAGUCUGGUGUCCGUACUUGGAUCCGACCCUACAGAAAAGGCCUGUGAAAAUGAAUGUGUUGUCAUGAUGCAUGCCGACAACGUGAUACAUCACUUGUGUCCAUUCAUCUGCAAUUCAUUUCAACAACUUGUAUCCAAAGUUCAUAUAGCUGAGCCAGUAUCCAAUCCAUCCAAGAGAUUCCUUGUUGACUCCCUGCUAAAUAACCCCGAGGUCAGCGUGAUCGUGGACUCCCUGGUUGGUACUUUGGGAUCCGAUCCUACAGAAGCAGCCUGUGAAUCCCAGUGUACUAAUGUGGUGCACGUAGACAACGUCUUCCAUUACCUGUGUCCUCUUAUCUGUACCUCAUUCCAAAGUUUGGUACAAAAGAUUCCCCAUCAUACACAAGUUGCAGCUAACCCAGGACAAUAAUGCUGUUAUACAAUCUGAUCUGUAUAUGUUAUACAUAAAUUAAAAAUAAAUAUAUAUAUUAUGGGUAAAA